CAGGAUUACCUACCAGUAGUUAAGAUCACAGAGUCAAUGUUAUUUAUAUUGGCAAAGCCCUGACUAUCAAUUUGCUAUGGCCAGCAUAGUAGUUUUAAAUAAUGUUAAGAAAGUCAGCUUGCAGAUAUUGGCUGCGGAGGCAUACAUUUUUAGUGUUGCUGACCAUGGGGCCAUUCACUGCCUCUUUAGUCUACUGAGGAUGGUCAGAUAUGACACUCCAAAAGGGGAACUGAGAAGAAUUUUCCAUCAAAUGGUCUCAAGCACGAAUGGAAGACUUGAACGGAGUAUAACAAAACCUUUGGCGCGUCUGGUGGCAGUAGUGAACGAGGUGAUGAACACCGCCCCAAAAUCUGUAGCGAUUUUACUCCGUCGCCAUGUAUCGGGGCGAGCUGAGAUGAUAGAAUCAAGAGAAGCAGAUGUCAUUCUACAACUUAUAUUUAGCAACACCUUCGUUUUUCAAGAACACCACAUAGAACUAAUCAUGCUUCUUAGCGCUCUGAAGAUUAAAUUCCCGCGUGUAACGACUCUAUUAUCUUACCAAUACUCGCUGUGUUAUGAGGUUCUUGAUGUGUGUCUGCCAAUGAUGCCUAAUUUGACCGAAAUAAGGGCGUUGGUUGAUGAUAAACUCUCCUCUCUCCGAGUCAUACGUGAUCAAGCUAAGAAUCUAGAAAGACUUUUCCUGCCUGCGCUGUGCAUCUGUACUAUGAAGAAUGAUGACAUGAGUCGCCUAUUUUUCAAAGGCACAGCUCUGAAAUUGGUAACUGAACGCUUCUCUCUGGGUGAAAACUUACCUCUUUCCUUCCCGAAGCUCAAGCACCUGGCACUACCUUUCAAGUUCCCCGAAAGCCUACCGCUUUUUAAAAUGUUGCUUCAUUAUUAUAAGGACUGUAAUUUUGAGUGGCAUUAUAUGCAAAAUAGUGACGUGUCAGUGAGUCUCUUUGACUCAGCACUCUGCCCAACGAUUGAGCUUAACCAUGGCCACGGUUUGAAGCAUUGCGAGUUACGAUACGAAGACCUCAGAUUCCCGUACAUUGAUGACGUCCUUACGAAGUGGACAAAUCUACAAAGUCUCCUGCUGGUGAUAAGUGGCUCAAGCGCCACAAUCGAUCACGAACAUGCCAGGUCCAAGUUAACAUCGAUCCUGAAAAAUUGCAGUAAAUUGAAGCUCUUGCAGGUCUGUGUUUUGAGCAGCAAUGUUGAUAAGUGCUUUGAAAAUGUUGUAUCUGUCUUCAGGCAAGGUGGCGUGAAGAUCAAAGAAUUAUGCCUAAUUGAUUCUGGAUCUGGUGUAUCGCACGAGCGAGCAAUAAUGUUCCUCAAUUGCUUUCCGAACAUCACUAAUCUCACUCUUCAUCUCUGUCAUCGGCCCUCAUACAAGUCAACCUUGAAAUUGAAGGGUUUCUCUAAGCUGGUCAAGUUUAAACUAGUCAUUGCUGAUCCUCCCAUAACUCCGGACUACAUGUUUCGCUUUUUUCUAUUUAUCAUUAAAAUACUCGAGCUGUGUCCAAACCUACAAGACUUGACUCUUCCGAUGGAGCACAUUGUUUUGAACCUCCUUAAGAGUAUACAGUCUAGUUUCAACUUGCGCACUCUAAACUGUCACGUCUGUUGCAACCUUGUAGACAUGAACUUCGUCGUGGUUCUCACGCAAUUCAUCAUUGAUUCGUCAAUAGAAGAGCUUUCAUUCAAGCGUCUCACCAACGUUGCACGACUGCCUCCUGAUCUUGCCGGGAUGGCUGUUGUUGAUCGUGAGUUCAUCAAUUCAGAUCAGAUGGCCCGAUACGUGUCUACGGGUUCAGGGGUGGCGCUGCGAUACCACGACCGAGCCUGUAGGGUUCAGCCGUGGUGAGGUUCCUUCCCGCCAGAGAGCGUCGCCGCGAGGCUUGGUUGCGAAGUUUGAUGCUACUUCAGUGGACAAUGAACAGUAAUCUCAUCAUGAAAAAUUGCGAUAAUUAUGCUUCUGACUGAAGUGUAUUAUAAACGCUGUACUUGAAGUUUAAAUUUUAAUAUGAUAUCUUCGCUGUAAAGUAAUUAAUACUUAUCAAUUUUAUUUGAAAUUGACAGAAUUUCGGAUGCUAUUCAG